GAGGACGGGCGAGCGUGGCGGGAUGACGCACGGCCGGCAGCCACUGGCGUGUGGCUGCCUCCUACUCGCCCUGCUGACCACCCGCUCAAGGCAAGGAGGACACUUGGGGCAAGGAGGUAAGCAUGCGACUCUUGGGGCUCGAGGCAAGGAGGACACUUGGGGCAAGGAGGAGGAGGCAACCAGGCAGCACUUCAGCACUGCCCUCCACGCACCUCCUCUUCCCGCCUCUGACGCCCAACCUGACCUGCACUCUGUCCUCAUCCCCUUCCUACCAUCGACACUCAAGGAGGGGGGAGCGGCAGCGUGGACGGGAGUCAACACCGUCACCGACACGUCGGCGGGGGAGCAGCAGCUUGGAGGGUCAACACCGUCACCGACAUGUAAGUCUCUGCUUUGGCAGGUCGGCGGGGGAGCAGCAGCUUGGAGGGUCAACACCAUCACCGACAUUUUUCGUGAGCUCAAUUUCCCUACUUUCCUUCAUCUGUCUGUCUUGACUCUUUUUCCUGGAUUCUGCCUCUUCCAUUACACAGGAGAUGCAGCAGAGGCGGCGAGGGGCAGUCGCUUCUGCUCUUCUCUGUUGAUAUGCACAACAUGCGUGGGGAGCACUGAAGUGAAGACCCCCAACGGUGGCAUCAGGUGGAGUGCGGCAGGGGAGUGCUAA